AUGCGAUCUUCCGCCCUCGUCCUCUCUGCCGCCACCGGGCUAGUGUCCGCGCACUUCCAGCUCACAUACCCGACCUGGCGAGCAGACACACUAGCAGACAACACGACGUUCGACCAAUGGUCAUAUCCUUGCGCUGGCGUGCCCUACGGCACAGGAAACAAGACGGAAUGGCCCCUCUCGGGCGAAGGUGCCUCUGUGGCCCUUGACCUGCACCAUCCGUGGUCGUACGUGUACAUCAACCUCGGGCUCGGCGACAACGCGACCAACUUCAAUAUUUCCCUCACCCCGGAGCUGCUGAAUGUCACUGGCAAAGGCGAAUUCUGCCUCACCAAUCUGCCUCUACCGGGCGAUAUCACAGACGGCCAGAAUGCCACGAUCCAAGUGGUCACGGGCGGACAGUCCGGCUCGGCCUUGUACAAUUGUGCCGAUAUUGUGUUCAGGUCCUCUGCACAAUCACCCUCGAGUGAAGUGUGCACCAAUAGCACAGGUGUUACAGCGACCGUCGUGGGGCAGACCGCAACGGACUCGAGCGCGACCCCGGAGCCUACGCCAAACAGUGCACCGUCGGGGACCUUUCGACUUCCGUCUCGGGCUACUAGUUGGGGCGUGGCGAUUGCUCUCAUUUUGGGAGUCAUAAUGUAG